AUGGGAAUUCAAAAUUGCCCCAACGACGAUUGGAUACAGAUUGAUAAUGGCUAUCUUGAUCGACUUGCCGAAAGGAGACAAACCAUACUGAAUCAUCCCGACAAAACAAUCGGUGUCAAUGAUGUAUCCUCAUUGGCUAUCCAGGAACUAUGGACAGAGGUUAUUAGGCAUGUUCUCGGGAGGUUUCCCAAUUUAUUCCGAUUAGAAGGAGGCGAUGUUUUCAAAAACAUUGUGAGCGGCAAGACCUGGAGAUUGUCAGAAGUCUCGCGAGAUAAUACUAAGCAGCUGCUUAUGCUCUCUGAGAACGUUGAAGAAGAUUUCUAUUUCAUGUGCCCCGAUAGUGAAAAUGAGUUUCGGUUACAAGGAUACCUGGCUUGCUUUCCCGGUGGGUUUGAUAGCCCUUCAAGAGUCGGUCUGUCGAUGGCCGAGAUUCACAAUCCAGUGCCAGGGUAUCCGGAGCGAAUCAAAAGGGGGACCGAUAGGUUCUUCUCCAGGAUGAAAGGUGGAACGAAAGUUCAACGCUUUAAUUGGAGCCUCCAAACAGAUGGCAAAGAUCUUUUCCGUCUUGAUGGCAACAACUUUUACCCCGAACAGGGGCAUAAUCUGCCUACAAUCCAAGAUAAAAUCGACCUUGAAAAAUGCUACCUUCGAUGUGAGCGGCAGUCGCUUGUGAGUCUAAAAAAGAGCCGGGCAAUCGUGUUUUGUGUACGAUCCUAUAUGACGCAUUUGUCACAUAUCAUUGCUGAAGGUAAUGGACCUGCAUUGGCGGACGCUAUCGAGUCCAUGCCAGAGAAAUUAGGGAAUUAUAAGAAGCGACCAUUCUGGGAGAAGGAUAUUUAUGCUUAUCUUAGAGCUUGA